UAGUUUCCCUUCGCUCAACAGCGAGUGAGACGUGUUGUGCGUUUGAGCACUGUGUUUUUUGACGUUGUGUAGUUUUUUAAUGUGAAUAAUGUGAUUGUGUUGUUCGUUAUGGCCUAUAAAUACCGUGAAGAUUUAGUUGGCAAACGAUUUCUCUCUGUGAGUGGUGUUACAAAAAUUAACGUGAAUAAAGUUUCCGAAUGGGGAUGGAAAGCUGGUGUUAUCAGGGCAGCAUCGCUCAAAGAUAACAAGAAUAAGGAGCUUCAGGUUUUAGUGGAAUAUGACGGUGUGGACUGGCAGAGACGCGAAUGGGUGGCAGUGUAUUCUAGAAGAACGUUUCGUGUUUUUUUAGUGGAACGAACUUUAGUGUGGGCACCUAGAACUUACGAAGGCAAAGAAGUUAAAUGGCCUGCAUUGACAUUCUCCCCGCUGGCGGCGGACCUGACGCUGCAGGCGGACUGCCAGCCGGUGGAGUUCCUGCAUGACCAGCACCUGCAGUUCCUGGACUACGCCGACCUACAGCCGUAUCAGGAAUGGGACAGCCAACAAGCGGGCGCGGAAGCAGGCGUGGACGCUGGCGUGUUAUCGGCAGUGUCAAGCGAGGCGGCAGAGUGGCGCAGCAUACAAGACGGGCAGCGCAUACUGACGACCACGCCGUCAGUGCUGGGCGGGUGUCGCGCGCAGGUGUACCGUGCAGCCGGCGCCACGCAGUGGUACACCGCCGUCAUUGUCGGCGUCAACGAACACACUGGGGAGCUGACGGUGACGGAUGACACAGUUCUUGAAGAGCACAGCGAGGACCCGUCUCUGGUGCAGAUGAGGCUGCUUGGCGACGGAGUGAUCGAGUCCAUUAUGCGAGGAGAAGUCGUGGGCGUGAUGCCCCGCAGAUCUCGCUCCAAUCUCCAGAGGGUUGAGCGUGAAAGCACUAAGAGUCCCGCGACAACCGGCGGCAGGAAAAAGGCUGCGGUGCGGAGCAACGGCCAGAUCACGCAGGUUGACCCGCAACCACCACCACCAGAAUCAUCACCAGAACGGGAAACCAGAGAAAUUAACAAAAAAGGUGUUACAGAUAGUGUGAGUGCAAGUGAUGUCACCGAUGCCAGUGAGGAAAACAAGUGCGUGAAACAGGAGGAAGUGAAGCCGGAGUGUACAAGUGAAGGUGAAGUGAAGAGUGAAGUGAGUGCGGGCGCGGAUGGUGUGGCCAGCGCCGUGGCCUCCGAGGAGGACGAUUGUGUGAUAGUGUGUGCUCGCGAUGCGGACGAGCGGUCCGACUCGGGCGUGAGCGGGGUGCGGUCGGGCGGGUCCGCCAGCUCGGUGGAGGAGUGGCGCGGUAUGGCGCACGGGUACGGCGGGGGUCCUCCGCCGCCGCUGCUGCAUCUGCCGCCGCCGCCGCCCUCCAUCUACGCCAGCGAACUGCUCUGGAAGCAGCGCUACCAGCCGCCGCUCCACCCGCCGCUGCACCAUGCCAUCGCGGACGACUACCUGGCGGCGGCCACCUUCGAUAGAGAGAGACAUGAAAGACUGCUACGAGAACGAAGGGAACAGGAGCAACGGGAGAUGUUGGAAAAACAACAAAAAGAGAAAGAAAGAGAACGGAUGGAACGUGAGAGGGAGAGAGAGAGAGAAAAACAAGAGAGGGAGGAGAAGGAGAGGAGAGACCAGGAGAAUGCCGCGUCGAAGUUAGUGUCGAGGCACUUCGAAGAGUCAUUGAGGCUGGCGAACCAGAAGCGCGAGCGCAGCAUGUCGUGGUCGCUGCUCAACAGCCUGGCGCCGUCGCGGCAGGAGCACGAGCGGCUGCGGGCGCCGCCCCCGGGCCACGAUCGCGCCUACUACUCGCCACCGGGACACGUGUCGGCGCCGCGCGCGCCGCCGCCGCAGCCCGACUACUCCAUGUCGCACGCGCGCCUCGCCAUCCCCAAGCCCGACAAGCCGCCCUCCCAUCCCUCCCUGCCCAAAGGCGAGCCCAACUUCGCGCCCUAUAACUACCCCCCCUACCGUCCCGCCUACGAGAAAAUGAAAGACCCUCACCUCCCGGCGCCCCCUCCCCUAGUGCCCGAAAAGAACUCUGUGAUAGUGAAACACGACGCCAAACAGAUCCACCUCGAGCAGAAGCACCCGUACGGCAGCAAGCCGCGCAGCGAGCCGUCGCCGCACUACCUGCAGACGAUGGCGCACCGGCCGCACCGCGCCGCGCUGUCGCCGCACGCGCCGCACGCGGCCCUCGCGCCGCACGGCCCGCACGCGGCCGCGCCGCUCGACAAGCAGCGCCGCAUGUACCAGCCGCAGGCGCAGCCGCCGCAGCGCUCGCCCGCCGCCUACUACCAGGCGGCGCCCGUCAAGCCCAAAGUGUCGAGCCCGGCGCCGCCGCACAUCUACGGCAAACCGGGCAACUCGCCGAGUCCCGUGCACUAUGGCGUCGCCGUCGAGCCGCAGCAGAUGCAACAGUUGAAGGCGGAGCCGCCACCAGUGCCGUACCCUCCACCGUCGCCGUACUCGCCCGCGAGCCGCACGCGGCCCCCGCCUGUUGCACACUGCCGCACGCCCGAGCCGCGCCCGCCGCCGCGCGCGCACGGCGAUGCCUCCUCGUCCACCCCGUGCCAAACCCAGCCGCUCGACCUCGGCGUCGCGCGGGACGACCCCGACCGGACGUCGCCGCGGCGGCGGUGCCCGUUCGAGCCGGCCGACUCGGAGGCGAAGAGACGGCGGAUCGAGGAACACCCGGCGCCGGAGCCGCUGAUAGCGGCGGCUGCGAGCGUCGGACGCACGCCGCACGGCUCGGAGCCCGCCCCGCAGGCGCCCGGGCCGCCCUGCGACGUGCGCGUGCCAUCGGCCGACGGCAGCGUGGAGACGCCGGAGAAGGCGGCGGGCGCGUCGCCGGCGCCGCCCGUGACGCCGGCCGCCAGUCCCGCGCCGCCCGCCGCCAGCCCGGCGCCCGCUGCGCCCGAACCAGCCGCGCACUCACCACCCGCGCCGCCCACCACGCCGCCCACAACGCCGCUGGCGGAUGCCGACACGCCCGCCAAGACCGCGUCGCCGACGCCCCGCGACGGCUCGGCGCCGGUGCGCCACCUCGGAAAGAAGGCGUGGCUGCAGCGGCACGAGACGGCGCCGAUCGGCGAGGGGGACUGUUCCGGUGGCGGCGGCACCUGCAUCACGCUGCCGAUGACGAUCACGAGGGUCUCCGAGCCGGACGACUCGAGCUCGAACAUCGUCGUGCCGGUCGCGGCGAAGUCGCUCCAGCGCGGUUCACGCAAGACGACCAAACCUAGGAAACCUAACAAGGAGAUGAACGGAAGGGUCGACGACGCCGAGGAGGGCAGCUCGAGUUCCGACCGGGAGUCGAGUUCGCAACCGAAGAGAAAACCGCCGAAGGCGAAGCGGAAAAAGGCCAACGCGCGGAAGGUCGGCGACGAGCCGAAGAAGAAGAAGGCGUCCGAAAGCGGGAGCGAGAGCGACAAGGAGAGCGACGACAAGGACUCGGAGUCGGGCGGCAGCGGCAGCGGCAGCGGCGGCGCGGCGCGCGCGCGGGGCGGCGGGCGCGCGCGGGGCCGACGCGCGCGCGGCGCGGGCGCGGGCCGGGGCCGCCGCCGCGACGACGCGCCGCCGCGCGCGCGCGCCGCGCCCGCCGCGCCCGCCGCUGACUCCUUCCUGCAGAACGGGCCCUGCUUCGAGGUGGCGCCGCGCCUCGCCAAGUGCCGCGAGUGCCGCUGGUCGCCGGCGCAGCGCGACAAGGAUAUGCCCAACAUAUUCUGCCGCUUCUACGCUUUCCGAAGACUGAAAUACGCCAAGAACAGGCAACUAGCUAUAGCCGGCUUCUCGGACCCUUACAAAGAUGCCGAGGAGGAUGAUAAGAAACUAUGGCUGUCAUCGUCGGCGGGCGCAGCGGAACUCGACAUCGAGAUGAGCUGCUUCCUGCUGCGGGAGAUUGGAGACCAGUUCUGUGAACUGCUACAGCAGGAGAAGGAAGCCGAGUCGCACCACCUCAACGAUGAUAAGACGAUAGCGUGGAAGCGCGUGGUGCAGGGCGUGCGGGAGAUGUGCGACGUGUGCGAGACCACGCUGUUCAACUUCCACUGGACCUGCGGCAAGUGCGGCUUCGUCGUCUGCCUCGACUGCUAUAAGUCGCGGACGUCAGGAGAAUCGGCCAACGCCACAACAGAGACCAACAAUACAUCAAGCGCUAGCAGCAAUGGCGAAAGAGAUUCAUUUGGCUGGCUGACGUGCACGCACGGCGGCGCGCACCCGGCGCGGCGGCUGCUGCUGACGCAGAUCGCGGCGGGCGGCGCGCUGGCGGCCGCCGCGGCGCGGGCGCACGCCGCGCGCGCCGUGUGGGCGCUGCCCGCCUGCGCCUGCGCCGCGCCCGCGCCCGCGCCCGCGCCGCACGACAAGGCGCGCGCCAAGAAGCUGCUGCAUCGCGCGCUGCAGAAGAACAUCAAAAAAGAGGAUGUGAAAGAGGAGGCUGUAUCGACCAACGGCACGUCGCCCGUGAAAUCUGAGAACGGCAAGACUGGCAGCUCGGUCGUGAGCUGGCUCUCCGACCUGCCACUCAAGACAGAGGUUAAGGAAGACAAGUCCGACUCUUCCUCCUCAGACUCCGAAGAGGGAGGCAACUUCUCCACGCUACGAGAGCUGCUCAUAAGACCCGCGCCCGAGGGCGGCGAGACGCAACCCAAGAAGAAACAAAAGAAGAACAAGGGCGAUAUACUAGAUGACGUCAUAUCGAGUGUUGUCGACGAGAAGAAAGACGAGGACGAGGAACAGAAGCCGUUUGCACUAUCGAACGUGGUGAAGCGGUACGAGCGCGGACGCGGGCGCGAGGAGCUGCCCACGCGCAUCAUGACGCUGACCGAGUCCAAGCUGCUCUAUCCCGACGUGCCGCACGCCUGGCUCUGCGACGGCAAGCUGCUGCACCUCACCGACCCCGUGCACCCAGGGAAUUACAAGCCCUUCCAAGACCAGUGGAAACGUGGUCAACCAGUUCUAGUCUCCGACAUGUCGAGUCUCCUCGACAAGGAUCUGUGGUCGCCGGAGAGCUUCUCGCGAGACUUCGGCGACACGCGCGUGGAUCUGGUGAACUGCGCGUCCGGCCUCGUGGUGCCCAACCAGCCGGCGCGCAAGUUCUGGGACGGCUUCGAGCUCGCGGGUAAGCGGCUGCGCGACGAGCGCGGCGCGCCCAUGGUGCUCAAGCUGAAGGACUGGCCGCCCGGCGAGGACUUCGCCGAGCUGCUGCCCGCGCGCUUCGACGACCUCAUGCGCGCGCUGCCGCUCGCUGAGUACACGUCCCGCCACGGCAAGCUCAAUCUGGCCGCGCGUCUGCCCGAGUGCUUCGUGCGGCCCGACCUCGGGCCCAAGAUGUACACAGCGUACGGUGGCGCCGGCGGCACCACCAACCUGCACCUGGAUGUGAGCGACGCCGUCAACGUGAUGGUACACGCCAGCGCGCCCGGCGACGCGCCCGAGCGAGCGCGAGAGGCGGCGCGCGCGGCCGACGAGGCGGGCGUGGACGUGCUGACGCGGCGCCGCGCGCGGCUCAAGCCGCCCGCCGCGCUGUGGCACAUCUACGCGGCCAAGGACGCCGACAAGAUCCGCGACUUCCUGGUGCGCGCCGAGCUGGAGCGCGGCGCGCGGCCGCGGCCGCAGCACGACCCCGUGCAUGACCAGACGUGGUACCUGGACGCGGCGCUGCGCGAGCGCCUCUACCGCGAGUACGGCGUGGAGGGCUACGCCAUCGUGCAGUGCCCCGGCGACGCCGUGUUUGUGCCGGCGGGUGCGCCGCACCAGGUGCGCAACCUGCUCGACUGCAUCAAGGUGGCCGAGGACUUCGUCUCGCCUGAGAACGUGUCGCGCUGUUUCGAGCUGGCGCAGCAGUUCCGCCGGCUGUCUCGGCAGCACUCCAACAAGGAGGAUAAGCUGCAGAUCAAAAACAUCGUGUACCACGCGGUGAAGGACUCGCUGUGCUGCCUCGAGGAGGCGCUCGCGGACACCGAGUGAGCCCCGGCCCCCGCCGCCCCGCGGUGUCGCGCCCCGCAUUGAUCUCAACCUCGAACGUAACAUUAAUCGCUAAGUUCCGCAUUUAACGUAAGAUUGGAGCGAGUGUGAUACGCGCUGUGCGCCGUUUCGUGUAUAAGAUGCCAUGUAAGCGUCAGUGGAGUGUACCAGUCUGUGUGUAAAUGUACUCGAAAUGUGAUGUAGUCCGAUGCGCUCGGAGAUUGUGCAAUGUAAAUUAGUCUGAAUAUGGUGAUAUCGUUGAGAUGUGGAUAUGUUUUAUGUUCCUUAUUCGAAAUACAAAUAAACUCUUCAGGUUAUUUACAGCUUAAUGUAGCUAUAGUGAUAUGUAUGUAUUGUGUAAAUUUUUAAUUCGAAUUCCAUCGAGUACAUAUUAAGAAGUGUAUACUUUUAAGUUAUUGUAUUGAAGUAAAACGUAUUCGCUCGAAGCAUUGUACAUUAAACACGGCGUGUAGAUAAGUUUCUCCUAUAUUAGAUUUCUCAAUUUGGUUAGUAUGUUACAAAAUGAUAGUUAACAAAAUAUGUGACAAUUUCAUUUUGUCCUUAUUGCUGUAUUAGGCGAAAGCAAGUUUUUUUUGUACUGUGUAUAUUAUGUAUGGUUAUAAGUUGGAAUAAAAAAAGAUGUUUAUAUUA